CAACGCGGUGUCGUUCGAUCGGGAUCCUCGCCGACCUUCGAUCAAUACGCGGAGGUUUCAAAAAAAAGUGCAUACCGCGAUUUUUCACCGAGCGACUUUCCCGAAAGUGACCUCGCGUCGUGGUUCCCGCGUGGAACCUCGUUCCCUCUCUCUUGAAGCCGUCGAUCGGAUCCACGGUUAAUCAACGACGACGUCUCCUUUUCGCCCCCCCACGUGACACAGUGCACGACCACGUGGUCUACGAUUGAUUGAUCGCGGGACGUCAACAUUUCGAAACGCUACUAAUCGAGAAAGAUUGACUUCCGUCAGCAGUGUCGCUUUGGAACGCGAUUAUGUAAGCGGAAAUGAUGAGAUCCAUGUGUAAUGCGCGCUGACAGUGAAGAUUUUGAGUAUUCGAAUCGUGAUCGUCGGACAAGAGAUCGAUUUUGCAGCGAGAAAAAAAUCGUCGUGAUUUAUAUAUACCUGAGGAUAUUGAAUAACAUCGGCUUUGCAAGCUGAGAGAGGAUAUCAGAGUAUGUCUAUACGUCGUGCGCGUCGAUCGAUCGGCGGUAUCUCGCUACUGUCCGGUAUCUGCGUCACGAUUCCGCGAGUGAAAUCUAGCCGGGUCGAGCGGCCAAGCGUGCUGUCGAUUGUGAGAACGGUAGCUGGCACCGGUUCGCCACCAAGGAACUAGCCUAUGGCCACGUGACUUUCGGUGGUGGCCCCGUAUAGUUUCUGCGUCGUUCGACAGCGUACGCCAUUGGAUCUCCGGAUGCUGACCGAUCGAAGAAAAUCCCAGAGAGAAACCAGGAGAGUAUCACGGAUCGCUUCAUCACUCUGAUUUUUUUCCAAACCUGUUAAAUUCAUUAAUCAUCCUGUCGACGGCUGGAGGAAAAGUUUGCGGUCUGCGGAACGAAUCGCGAACGACGCGUUGUCGGUCCGCGUUCGACUACAAGGAAAAUCCGCGCGCGUGACGAGAUAUGCCGCUUAAUUACGCAUCGACGUCCCCGCCCAAGUCGGAGCAACUUUAGCUAAGUGCACCUGGGAGAAAGAGAGAAACAAAUAAGGAAGGAUUCCCUCUAUACAGCGCGUUGCGUAUCCCGCGCGGAGUCGGAGAGUUGAAUGCGCGCACGAGCGCGAGGUCGACCCUCUCUCGAUCGCCUCCUCGAAACUCGAAGCGUCGAAAACUCAUUCGAAAGCUGACGCAUCGCAUGAAUACGAGACACGGUCCGCAGGCGAUCGUGACGCAAGAAUCGGGGAGGCAUUGAACUGUUCUUCCCGCGAGUUUUUAAACGCGACGAAAUUUCACGAAUAUCGCGAGAUGAGAAAUCUUGCAGCGUCUGUUGGACUUUCGAAAUUCCGCUAAAUAUUCCGCAAAUUAUUCGGUUAUCGCUCGUGUAUCGCCGAUUACCUGCGAAGCAUGAGUCCGUCUCGCUCGUGCGGUAUUACUGAAAGCUUAUUAAAGCGACUGCGUGAUUCCUCGUUGCACGAUCGAGAUAUCGAAGCUCCGCUGCCAGACAGCGCGCUGACAGCUGUUCGCAAAUACCGCAGACGUGUUUUAAGCUCUCUUAAUUGAGUGGGAUAUAACGCGCGCGCCGAGAACAGCACCGUUUCCUCGAUGACUCUUCAGAAGUAGAGUGAAAGUUACAUCUGACAGUAAAUUUGCAUACAAUUAUAGCGGUGCCAUUGCAGCUCGUUACUUUGAAUACUUCGACGGAUAUGUCAUUUAUUAAUAAUGUACGAUAGUAUAAUUACAAUUACUCCUCUGCAAAAUUUUAAAGAGCGCGUCAUAUGUUUUUUCAGAGCGCAAUAAUAAUUGUGUUUCUUAUUGGAACUCUAAAGCCAGUAUUUUGAGAAAAUCAUAUAUUUGUACGCGCUUGAAAUUAGAUGUAAUCAAAUGGUAAUGAUGCGCAAUGAAGCGCAUUACCGCGAUUGGUAGCAAGCUUAAUGCUUGUAUCAUAUGCGAAAAUUAAACGGAGUCAAAGUAAAAAUCUAUCUCCAACUUAUAUACGAGACAUUUCGCUAAAUAUAUACAAUUUUGUGGUUUAACCUGUGCAACCAUAUGUUUAUAUUUCUUUUAAAUAAAUGAAGUUUAUCCGGUUAAUGGACGAUCAUUACACUAUCAAGGGGAAUAAUCAAAAGAGAUUACUGCCGAGGAAAAGUAACUUAACAAAUAUAUGUAUAUACACGUGGACAUUACCGGCAGUCGUAAUUGGCCAAAGUUUCAUGGCGAAAGCGAGUCCCCGGCGCAUUCCUCUCCCAUCAAACGAUCAUUACCAGAUGAUAUUCGCAUCGGUCGUCGAGCAUAACGACAAUCGUACAGAGAUAUACCAAUCGAAUUGAAAUUUCAUCGUAUACGAGGCACUCGUAUUUCUCAUUAUCGAGACCGCGCCAUUGUUCUCGGAAAUAGCAAUAGCAAACUGGUACAAGCUCCAUUUCCGGGUCUCGCCACGAUAAUGCUACGACUUUAUUAAAGCCAAACAAUACAGGAUUAAUUAGUCAAUAUCAUUGGAAACUCUCAAUAAUUGAACUCGCGAACUCGCACGAGAUUAAACGGUGAAAGGAAGCUCUAUGCGUACGCUUGAUUCGCGCUCGCUUUGCUCUCUAUCGGCGAUUAUCUCACCGGAUCUGCGCGAAUUCCGGUAAAUGAAAUAGCGGCGACAUCAGCGGACCCCGAUGUCCACCAUGUCCGUCCUGGAGGCCGCUGACACCGACCGGACCAUGUCACCGCUCGACGAAGUCGUAUCCCCGGCAAGUGUCAAAUCGGAACUGAUGAUCACCGACAUGCUGGAUGAGCACGAGACCGCGCUCGACGCGCAUCGGAAACGGAAGAGAGAUACCGAUGGUGAGGAACUGACGCCGAGGAAGCUGCCGUCACUCACCAGGAACAACAACGAGGUCGGAUUCGUCCUCGAGGAGAGUCCUGACGAUGACGAUAGAGACGACGACCGUCUGACUGGUCAUGGGGGCAUCUCCUCACUGGGCGGCGGGAACUCGUCGCCCUAUUCCGGUGCUCAUCACCAUGGACAUCGAGGAAACGGAAACGGGGGUGGCAUGCCCCACCACGGAGGCGCAUCUCUGCCGACCGCCUCCGACUUCCAACCCCCUUAUUUUCCACCCCCGUUUCCCUCGCAUCACCAUGCGCCCGCUAGCCCCCAGCACCCCGGUCUCGGCCAACCGCAACACCUGGAUUACCUCGUCAGCGAUCCUUAUACGCAAACGCUCAACACGCUCCACCAGCACCACUAUAAUCACCUGAGCGCUGCCGUCACCGCGGGCCAAAGGAGCGGCGAUCUCAGGAGAGACGCCGAGCUUCACGUGAACAUGCACGCUUCGUCGUUCCCUUACGACGGCGGACGUAGCAGUGGCGGAGGCGGUGGCGGCGGAGGUGGCGGCGGCGGUGGCGGAGGUGGUGGUGGUGGCGGUGGCGGAAGGGGUGUCGAGUCGUACGGCGCCGUACGUCGCCCCGACGCCCUUCUACCGCCCCCGGGCCUCGACCAAACCGACCUCGUUCUGCACAGCAGCCUCGUUGACGACCCCCAGGUGAGCGACGAUAACACAAACGUGGACGAUGGAGGGUUCAUGAACGACCUACCAUUACUAAAAAAUAUGAAACCUUCGGACAGGAGCGAGAAGUCUAUGUUGUCCGGAAACGCGCAACCGUCGGACGUGUUCUGUUCGGUCCCAGGACGAUUAUCGUUACUAAGCAGCACCAGCAAGUACAAAGUUACGGUAGCAGAGGUACAAAGACGGCUAUCGCCGCCGGAAUGUCUGAACGCGAGUCUCCUCGGCGGCGUGUUACGAAGAGCGAAAUCCAAAAACGGCGGACGUCUGCUUAGGGAAAAACUGGAAAAAAUUGGUUUGAAUCUGCCAGCUGGCAGAAGGAAGGCAGCCAAUGUCACGCUCUUAACUUCUUUAGUGGAAGGAGAAGCCAUUCACCUUGCCAGAGACUUCGGCUACGUUUGCGAAACCGAAUUCCCCGCGAAGCAAGUCGCCGAGUAUCUCAGCCGGCAGCAUUGUGAACCGCAGGAUUCCUAUAGGAGAAAAGAACUUCUUCAUGCCACCAAACAAAUCACCAAAGAGCUGAUGGAUCUUCUGAACCAGGACAGAUCGCCACUUUGCAAUACGCGGCCACAACAUAUCCUGGAUCCCAGUAUACAGAGACAUCUCACUCAUUUCUCUCUUAUAUCACACGGAUUCGGAAGUCCCGCGAUCGUGGCCGCUUUAACGGCUAUACAGAAGUUCCUAAGCGAGUCUUUGAAUCAUCUGGAGAAGAUGUAUCCCGGGAACGGCAGCGGCGUGACAAGCAGUCAACAGUCUAAUCUCGACACGAAUAAAAGCAAGGACGGCACGCUGAUGAAUGACAUGAAGAAGUGACGCACGGAAGACCCGCCUACCUCGAACGUGGUCACGUCUAUCAGGCACUCUUGGCCGUACAAUUGAGCUUCCGUGCGUUCACCACUCUUGCGGAAAGCUCGCAGUGGACCACUGCGUACCAGGCGCACUCGCGUGCCUUCGUACGUCGAGGUUGGCUGGUCGGUAAGCUUCUGUAGGCAAUUCGACAUGCAGGCUACAUUUGUGCGAAAUGUGCAAUCAGGGAUGCCAGUGAUAAGAGAAACGCAAGAAGACAAGAAAAUUCUCAUUCGUAAUAGAGAGAGAUAGAGAGAAGCAAAACACUCAAAUUAGAGGAACUCCGCUCCUCGUCGCUGGUUCGCCUUUGAUACAAUUCCUAUUUAUUUUAUAUUCUGUAUUAAAAAUAUUUACGAACAUCGUAAAGAUCUAUCUUAACAGCUCCCUCUUUUAUCGGCUUUAUAAUUGCAAUUAAAACGUUAUUAUUGAUACGAUCUUAGAAAGGCAGAAAAGAAACGAUUUUGAACAGAUGAGAAUACAUAUCUGUGCUAACAUGUGCCACAUACUAAAACAAGAAGAAUUAGACCUAUACAUCGUCCAAUGGAUAUUCUCUAUUGAAUAUAUAGUUUCACUGUCAUCAGAACAAUGACACAUAUCUUAAAAGAAUAUAAAUACAUUUAUAUUAUAAUAUUUGACGAUUCGCAAUCUUCUUUUUUAAGUAAUGUCGAAAUUAUAUAAUUUAUUUAUAUGUUAAUAAAUAUUCACAGAAAUGGUGAAUAUUUUGGAAAAAUAAAUGCUUGAGAAUAUCAAUUGGAUAUUUCGUAAUACUUGAAAAUAUAUCAAGCUCGUAAGCCUAUAUACUUUUGUAUCUAGAUCUUUUCGAUUUUUUUCUCAAAAAAAUUAUUUAUUUUAAUUAAAUUAGUUCUAUAUUGUCAUGAUCAUCAAAACGCGUAGUGAUAAAACGCAAAUAAAAAUAUCUCUAAUUUUAAAAAAUACGUCCGAAAUAUCAAAAUGAUCAAAGGUGUUAAGUUACGAUUUUUGUAAUCUAUUCAUAUGACCCGCUCUUUAUAUCCCACCGAUAAUACAUCUCAAAUAAUAGAUCAAGUUAAAGAUUUGCGAUUUGAUAGCAUAUGUAUAAGUCGCAUCCAUGUUUCUCGCGCAUCCGAAUACUGAUAAAAAUGCUCGAAUUAAUUAUCUGUGCUGAGGAAAGAAAAGCUAAUCAAAAUUAUUAAACGAAUCACAAAUGCCAAAAUAAAGAUUAUU